AUGAAGACAAACAUUAUCAAUACGUGGCACUCUUUUGUAAAUAUUCCCAAUGUGGUUGUACCAGCUAUUGAAAAGGAAAUCCGACGGAUGGAAAACGGAGCGUGCAGCUCCUUUUCUGAUGAAGACAAUGCCUCUCCGUCUGAAGGGUCAGAGAACGAGGACUCUUUCUUUAGAAACAAGUCACACAGAAGGCCAGGACCAUCGCAGAGGGAGCAAUAUUUGCCAGGUACUAUGGCUCUUUUCAAUGUUAACAACAGCAGCAACAAAGACCAAGACCCAAAAGAAAAAAAGAAAAAGAAAAAGGAAAAGAAGAGCAAGGUGAAUGACAAAAAUGAAAAUAAAAAGGACCCAGAGAAGAAAAAGAAGAAGGAAAAGGAAAAAGAGAAGAAAAAGAAAGAGGAGAAAACCAAAGAUAAGAAAGAAGAGGAGAAGAAAGAAGUUGUGAUCAUUGAUCCUUCAGGAAACACAUACUACAACUGGCUGUUUUGUAUCUCUUUGCCUGUGAUGUACAACUGGACGAUGAUUAUUGCAAGAGCAUGUUUUGAUGAACUCCAAUCUGAUUAUCUAGGAUUUUGGCUCAUUUUUGAUUAUGUAUCAGACAUAGUCUAUCUUGCUGAUAUGUUUGUACGAACAAGAACAGGUUACCUGGAACAAGGAUUGCUAGUGAAAGACAAACUGAAACUCACAGAAAAGUAUAAAGCAAACUUGCAGUUUAAACUUGAUCUUCUCUCUGUGAUACCGACUGAUCUUCUGUAUAUCAAGUUUGGAUGGAACUAUCCAGAAAUUAGAUUAAACCGGCUGUUAAGAAUCUCUCGAAUGUUUGAGUUCUUCCAGAGGACAGAAACAAGGACCAACUACCCAAACAUCUUUAGGAUUUCAAACCUUGUAAUGUACAUUGUUAUCAUUAUCCACUGGAAUGCUUGUGUAUACUAUUCCAUCUCAAAAGCUAUUGGAUUUGGGAAUGACACAUGGGUCUACCCUGAUGUCAAUGAUCCUGAAUUUGGCCGUUUGGCUAGAAAAUAUGUCUACAGCCUUUAUUGGUCCACACUGACUUUGACAACCAUCGGUGAAACUCCACCUCCUGUGCUGGAUUCUGAAUAUGUCUUUGUGGUGGUAGACUUCUUAAUUGGAGUUUUAAUUUUUGCCACCAUCGUUGGUAACAUAGGUUCUAUGAUUUCCAAUAUGAAUGCAGCCAGGGCAGAAUUUCAAUCAAGAGUCGAUGCUAUCAAACAAUACAUGAAUUUUCGAAAUGUGAGCAAAGAUAUGGAGAAGAGAGUUAUUAAAUGGUUUGACUAUCUGUGGACCAACAAAAAAACAGUUGAUGAAAAAGAAGUCUUGCGAUAUUUACCUGACAAGCUAAGGGCAGAAAUUGCCAUCAACGUUCACUUAGACACAUUAAAAAAGGUUCGCAUCUUUGCUGACUGUGAGGCUGGUCUGUUGGUGGAAUUGGUGUUGAAGCUACAGCCCCAGGUGUACAGUCCUGGAGAUUACAUAUGCAAGAAAGGGGACAUUGGGCGAGAGAUGUACAUCAUCAAAGAAGGCAAACUUGCUGUGGUGGCAGAUGAUGGAAUCACACAGUUUGUUGUUCUGAGUGAUGGCAGCUACUUUGGUGAGAUCAGCAUUCUUAACAUCAAAGGCAGCAAGGCUGGCAACCGACGAACGGCCAAUAUUAAAAGCAUUGGCUACUCAGAUCUGUUCUGCCUGUCAAAAGAUGACCUCAUGGAAGCUCUUACAGAGUACCCCGAUGCCAAAACUAUGCUGGAGGAGAAAGGGAGGCAGAUCUUAAUGAAAGAUGGUCUACUGGAUCUAAACAUUGCAAACAUGGGCAGUGACCCUAAAGACUUGGAAGAGAAAGUCACUCAAAUGGAGGGGUCAGUUGACCUCCUGCAAACAAGAUUUGCCCGCAUCUUGGCUGAAUAUGAGUCGAUGCAGCAGAAACUCAAGCAAAGAUUAACCAAGGUUGAGAAGUUUCUGAAACCACUUAUAGAAACAGAAUUUUCAGCUCUUGAGGAACCUGGGGGAGAAGGUGAGUCCACAGAGUCUCUACAAGACUGA